CGGCCAUGAGAUGAGCACAGCGUGGCGCCCUGCCUAGAGCCGCCCCGGGGCUGCCGCGGCCAUGGCAUCAGAAGAGGCCUCACUGCGGGCUCUGGAGAGUCUGAUGACAGAGUUCUUCCACAAUUGCACAACAAAUGAGAGGAAACGUGAGAUAGAGGAGCUUUUAAAUAACUUUGCCCAGCAGAUAGGAGCCUGGAGAUUCUGCCUGUACUUCCUGUCCAGCACAAGGAAUGAUUAUGUGAUGAUGUACAGCCUGACAGUGUUUGAGAACCUGAUCAAUAAGAUGUGGCUGGGGGUCCCAUCCCAGGACAAGAUGGAGAUCAGGAGCUGCCUGCCCAAGCUGCUGCUGGCUCACCACAAAACUCUGCCUUACUUCAUCAGGAACAAACUCUGCAAAGUCAUCGUGGACAUCGGCCGCCAAGACUGGCCCAUGUUCUACCACGACUUCUUCACCAACAUCCUGCAGCUGAUCCAGUCUCCUGUGACCACUCCCCUGGGGCUCAUCAUGCUGAAGACCACGUCGGAGGAGCUGGCGUGUCCCCGCGAGGACCUGAGCGUGGCGCGCAAGGAGGAGCUGCGCAAGCUGCUGCUGGACCAGGUGCAGACCGUGCUGGGGCUCCUCACAGGUAUUUUGGAGAGCAUCUGGGAUAAGCACAGUGCUACUGCUGCCACUCCACCACCGUCCCCGACCUCAGGAGAAAGUGGUGACCUCUUGAGUAGCCUCCUGCAGAGCCCCAGCGCAGCCAAGCUGCUGAACCAGCCCAUCCCCAUCCUGGACACAGACAGUGAAUACAUCUGCUCCCUGGCUCUGGAGUGCCUGGCACACCUGUUCAGCUGGAUCCCCCUGUCCACCAGCAUCACCCCGUCCCUGCUCACCACCAUCUUCCACUUCGCGCGCUUCGGCUGCGACACCCGCGCCCGCAAGAUGUCAUCGGUGAACGGCAGCAGCCACACGGCACUGCUGGGCCAGGAGCGGGGCCGCCUGGGGGUGCUGGCCAUGGCCUGCAUCAACGAACUCAUGUCCAAGAACUGUGUGCCCAUGGAGUUCGAGGAGUACCUGCUCCGCAUGUUCCAGCAGACUUUCUACCUCCUGCAGAAGAUCACCAAGGAGAACAACGCGCACACGGUCAAGAGCCGGCUCGAGGAGCUGGAUGAGAGCUACAUUGAGAAAUUCACAGAUUUCCUCCGUCUCUUUGUGAGUGUCCACCUACGAAGGAUCGAGUCCUACUCCCAGUUCCCCGUGGUUGAAUUCCUGGCCCUGUUGUUCAAAUACACUUUUCAUCAGGUACAGCUCCACAUCCUCGUUUUUCCCAAUCUGUUCUGUUGUUCUUGUUUGCCCCAGUCAACCCAAAAAAAAGAGCAUUUAACUGGAUCUUACUGGCACUUCCCAGUGGUGCUGGGGACUUGGAAAUGGCUUCAUGUGCUCUUGGAUUUAGCUGGAGCCAGAGGUCACAAGUGGUUACCCUGCAACAACAACUUAUCUGAUGUUUCACUUUGCUUCUGCUUUAAUUUUUUUUUUCUAGUCCUUGGAAUGGACAAUGUGUGGAAAUGUCUCUCAGACUUGCUUGGUUUGUGCUUAGGGAUGCUGUUCUUUGUCCUCAAUCUGUGGCUUUCUUGUACUGAUACCUUGAAUGCCAGGAGCUGCUUGGUGCAACUGUUGUGUUUUAGAUUUCCUUUGCUGGAAGGGUUUUACCCAGCUCUUUGUGUGUGUUCUGGUGGCUGCAGGUACGAAGAUGCCUUGGUUCUGUUGCUGACAGAGGUGUUGAACCGGAUCCAGUUCAGGUAUAACCAGGCACAGCUGGAGGAGCUGGAUGACGAGACCCUGGAUGAUGAUCAGCAGACGGAGUGGCAGCGGUACUUACGCCAGAGCCUGGAAGUGGUGGCCAAAGUCAUGGAGCUCCUGCCAACUCACGCCUUCUCCACACUUUUUCCCGUUCUGCAGGAUAACCUGGAAGUGUAUCUGGGGCUCCAGCAGUUCGUGGUCACUUCAGGAACAGGUCACAGGCUGAACAUCACAGCAGAGAAUGACUGCAGGAGGCUGCACUGCUCCCUGAGGGACCUGAGCUCGCUGCUGCAGGCCGUGGGCCGCCUGGCCGAGUACUUCACUGGGGACGUGUUCGCUGCCAGGUUCAACGAUGCCCUCACCGUGGUGGAGAGGUUGGUGAAGGUGACGUUGUAUGGAUCCCAAAUCAAACUGUACAACAUCGAGACUGCCGUCCCCUCCGUGCUGAAACCCGACCUCAUCGAUGUGCACGCCCAGUCGCUGGCAGCCCUGCAGGCCUACGCUCACUGGCUGGCCCAGUUCUACAGCGAGGUGCACCGGCAGAACCCCGAGCAGUUCAUCUCCCUGGUGUCCACGGCGCUGGAGGCCAUCACCCCCCUCAUCAGCUCCAAGGUGCAGGAGAAGUUGCUGCUCUCUGCGUGCCACCUGCUGGUGUCCCUGGCCACCACGGUGCGCCCAGUGUUCCUGAUCAGCAUCCCAGCCGUGCAGAAAGUGUUCAACAGGAUCACUGACACCUCUGCCCAGCGCCUCCCCGACAAGGCCCAGGUGCUGGUGUGCAGGGCUCUGUCCAACGUGCUGCUGCUGCCCUGGCCCAACCUGCCCGAGAGUGAGCAGCAGUGGGCCGUGCGCUCCACCAACCACGCCAGCCUCGUGUCCGCCCUCACCAGGGACUACCGCCAGCUCAAGGCCACGGCCAGCCUGCCCCAGAGGAAGGUGCAGCUGGAGGACACCAAAGUGAUCAUCCACCAGACACUGAGCGUUCUGGAAGACAUUGUAGAAAGUGUCUCUGGAGAAUCCACCAAGUCCCGGCAGAUCUGUUAUCAGUCGCUGCAAGAAUCCGUGCAGGUCUCACUAGCCCUCUUCCCAGCUUUCAUUCAUCAGUCAGAUGUGACAGAUGAGAUGCUGAGCUUCUUCCUCACCCUGUUCCAAGGCCUGAGGGUGCAGAUGGGAGUGCCUUUCACUGAGCAGAUCAUACAGACCUUCCUGAACAUGUUCACCAGGGAGCAGCUGGCAGAGAGCAUCCUCCACGAGGGCAGCACUGGCUGCCGGGUGGUGGAGAAGUUCCUGAAGAUCCUGCAGGUGGUGGUGCAGGAGCCAGGCCAGGUGUUCAAACCCUUCCUGCCCAGUGUGAUCUCGCUGUGCAUGGAGCAGGUGUACCCCAUCAUUGCAGAGCGCUCAUCCCCUGAUGUGAAAGCAGAGCUGUUUGAGCUGCUCUUCCGGGUCCUGCACCACAACUGGAGGUACUUCUUCAAAUCCAGUGUGCUGGCCAGUGUCCAGAGGGGAGUGGCAGAGGAGCAGAUGGAGAAUGAAGCCCAGUUCAGUGCCAUCAUGCAGGCGUUUGGCCAGUCUUUCCUGCAGCCUGACAUUCACCUGUUCAAGCAGAACCUCUUCUACCUGGAGACACUGAACACGAAGCAGAAGCUGUACCACAAGAAGAUCUUCAGGACCACGAUGCUGUUCCAGUUUGUGAACGUGCUGCUGCAGGUGCUGGUGCACAAGUCCCACGACCUGCUGCAGGAGGAGAUCGGCAUCGCCACCUACAACAUGGCCUCGGUGGACUUCGAUGGCUUCUACUCCGCCUUCCUGCCCGAGUUCCUGGCCAGCUGUGACGGCGUGGACUCCAACCAGAAGAACGUGCUGGGGAGGAAUUUCAAAAUGGACAGGGACCUGCCCUCGUUCACACAGAACGUGCACAGGCUGGUGAACGACCUGCGCUAUUACAGACUGUGCAACGACAGCCUGCCCCCGGGCACUGUGAAGUUGUAGUGACUGCCCUGGGCUCCUGCUGCCCCUCGGCAGGGAGCACAGCCGUGUUUCGGUUUGCCACCGCCCCCUGUCCCCCCGGGCCGGGUCCUGCCCUGGAUUCACCGCUCCACCGCUUCCUUUGAGUUCUCCCUGCCCAGCCCGAGGCCGCAGCUGGAGCCAGCAGGAUGUGUCUUAAUGCCCACCCCGGGCAUCCCGACUGCUGGGAAAUCCCUCUCCUGGGGCUUUCCCUCUGCUCCUGUAGCACUUUGUUGCAUCUGGAGGUGUCUGGAGAGAUCAUGUCCGUAUCAAACACGAGGCAGAAGCGCCAAAGACCACUUCAGACAUUCGUACCUUCGUGUCAUUCCACCUUCCUGCCCCGCCCAGCUCUCGGAGGAGGAGUCUCCUGACGUUGGGACUGGUUUGGCACUUCUGUCACUCCCUUUGUUUUUAAAUUGCCUUGAAAACCUCCCCGAUGUUGGCGGGGAUUUAGAGACUUUUUUUGGGGUUUUUUUUUUAAACGUUUUCUCAUCAUUCCAUUGUGAUACUAAAACAACAUGCUUAAUGGGAAUAAAGUGCUUACUUUGUUGUUUUAAA